AUGGGCGCAACCCACCAACUCCUCCACCGCCUCGCGACGCGCGACUCCUCCGACCCGGACGACGACGAGAACCCCGAAGCCGGCCAGAAAGAAAUCUACUCAUCAUGGGCGCUCCUCAUCCUGAUCGUGCUGCUCAUCAUGGCCUUCUUCAUGUCGUACGUGCUGCGCAGCAAGAAGAUCCAGGCGGUGCACGAGACGGUGAUAUCCAUCUUCGCCGGCAUGGUGAUUGGGUUGAUCCUGCGGUUGACGCAGGUGAAUAGCGUGUUGGAUGUGGUGACGUUUGAUUAUCAGUUUUUCUUUAAUUUGUUGCUGCCGCCGAUUAUUCUGGCGAGUGGAUAUGAGUUGCAUCAGGGAAACUUCUUCCGCAAUAUUGGGAGUAUUUUGACCUUCGCCUUUGCGGGGACGUUCAUAUCUGCCAUUGUGCUGGGUGUGAUUCUCUGGCUGUGGACACGCAUACCGCUCGAAGGACUCAACAUCACAUUCGUGGAUGCCUUGGCUGUUGGUGCGACGCUCUCCGCUACCGAUCCCGUCACGAUCCUCGCCAUCUUCAAUACGUACAAGGUCGACCCGAAGUUGUACACUGUCAUCUUCGGUGAAAGUAUUCUGAACGAUGCCAUCGCCAUUGUGUUGUUCGAGACGGCACAGAACUACAAGAGCGCAGAUGAGGCUGGCAAGUUGACCAUACUCAGCUUGUUUGAAAGUAUUGGGCUCUUCUUGCUUGUCUUCUUUGGCAGCUUGGCGAUUGGACUGAUGAUUGGACUGGCGACGAGUUUGCUGCUCAAAUUCACGCAUAUCAGGAGGGACCCGAAGAUCGAGAGCUGCUUGAUCUUCCUGAUCGCAUACGCUUCGUACUUCUUCACGAAUGCGAUCCAUAUGAGUGGUAUCGUCGCCCUCCUAUUCUGCGGUAUCUGUCUCAAGCACUACGCCUACCACAACAUGUCGAGACGAACUCAGCUUACGACAAAGUUUACGUUCUCGCUCAUGGCUCAACUAACUGAGAACUUCAUCUUCAUCUACCUUGGACUUUCCCUCUUCACGGAACGGGAGCUGGAAUACAAGCCGCUCUUCAUCCUGGUCACUCUGAUCGGAAUCUGCGUUGCGAGAUGGUGUGCAGUGUUCCCACUUGCAGGCCUGAUAAACUGGUUCAUCCGCUACAGAGCUCGCAGAAGAGGGCAAGAGAACGUCGCAGAGGAGCUGCCGGCGAAUUGGAAGAUGAUGUUGUUCUGGGCCGGCUUGAGAGGAGCAGUCGGCGUUGCGCUGGCUGCUGGGUUGACAGGUCCUGCCGGCAGAGCACUUCGUGCGACAGUGUUGGUGACAGUCGUCUUGACGGUCAUCAUCUUUGGAGGAACCACGGCACGCAUGCUGGAGAUCCUGAACAUUCGCACCGGCGUGGUCGAGGAGAUCGAUAGCGAUGACGAAUUCGACAUCGAACCUGUGCCGCACUCGGGAGCAUUCUCGAGGAAGAAUGGCUCCGCGUUUGGCCACACGCCAAAGGGCAGCUCCGUAGGCUAUGGCAACGGAACCAUAGGCCUGGACGACAAUGUUGCUCACCGGAGUAGAGCCGGUACAGCCAGCUACAGCUCAGGCAACAUUGCUGGCACACCACCAAUACAACCCGACAUUGAGAGACGCAAUAGCUCACGGGUCCGAAGAGGCAACGACGCUCAGAACCAAGCUGAGCAAGGAUUGCUAUACCAAGAGGACGAGAACAACUUCAGUGACGACGAAAACGACGACCUCGAUCUGCCUCCCGCAGCGCGCAGAUCCCCCAAGAGCCAGCAAGUCGCCGAGGACGACCUGGGCUCUUAUCCAGUAUCUGGCAGCCGUGAGGGCGCUCAAUCGAGCAACGCUAUGACAGCCAGAGGUGCCAUCUCGCAGAUCUUGAACUCCACAGGCGAAGAUGCGGGAACGCUGUUUAAUAAGUUGGAUGAGAACUUUCUCAAGCCGCAUUUGCUGUUGGACCCGGGAGGUGCGUCGUCGAGUAAAGGGCAAGGGCAUGGAGGCUCGAGUGGGUCUGGUUCUUGA